CAUGGCCUAUUUCCAGACAAGCUGUAAACCCUGAAGAUAGUCGGGCCAUGGCGGAGGGGAGAGAGCUAGACCGUUCAUACCUCUACCUGGUCUCCGCCAUCCUGGCCAUGGAACCGUCCCGCGUUUUGCUCUCGCUGGCCCGGGAUUGCGGAGGAGGUUCGAUCACAGAGAAGGUGCAGAGCUUCAUUUGGGAGAACUGCAUAAGCAAAGCUGAUGAAAACUUUCAUAUACCCUACUUGAAAAGUUAUUUGAAGAAGCUUAUAGUUGAAAUUGAAUCUCAUGGAAAUGAAGUAUUGGAUGAAUUAUAUGGAUGGUUUGCCUGUUAUAUGACUUCAUCGAAGGGUGAUGGUUCUGCAGAAGGAAAUUCAAGGGUCUUAAAAUGCAUUUCGUUUCUUUUACCUGAUGAUUGCUCUGAACUCCCAAGCUGCCCACAAUUGAGGAAACUAGUGGUUCCGCUGCAAUGUUCUCUUAACAUGCUUGAAGGUGAUACAGGGUGUUCGAUUUGGCCUUCAAGUCUUUUCUUGUCAGAAUUCAUCCUUUCCCACCCAGAAAUAUUCUCCAAUAAGUCUUGUUUCGAGGUUGGUUCAGGUGUUGGUUUGGUUGGCAUCUGUCUCACUCAUGUAAAAGCAUCCGAGGUGGUGCUAAGUGAUGGUGACCUGUCAAGUUUAGCAAAUAUGAAGCUCAAUUUGGAGCUCAACCAGCUGAGUACUGGAGCAGAUUUGUCAGAAAGCAGUGUUGACGAUCCCCUCUUGGUAAAAUGCAUUCAUCUGCCAUGGGAAUCAGCUGUGGAAAGUGAGCUUCAAGGCUUCAUGCCCGACGUAAUUUUAGGAGCAGAUGUCAUCUAUGAUCCCCUGUGCCUUCCUCAUCUUGUCCGGCUUCUUUCCUUCCUCUUGAACCGCGAAAAGCCAUACCCGCACAAUGCUGAAAAUAGCAACCAUUGUUCUGACACUCGACGAGAUGGAACAGCACCUGGCAAUGGCUCGGGAGCUCAGCGCGCGGCCCCGGCAUUGCAGGAAGGUCCGGUGGCCUAUGUGGCUUCUGUCAUAAGGAAUGUCGAUACGUUUAAUUGCUUUCUGGCUUUAGCAAAGGCCAAAAACCUCAACGUUGAGGAUGUAACUGAAAAUUUUGUGCCCUCUAAUUUGCUGCCUUACAUGCAUUCUUAUGAUCGAUCAAGUGUACGUCUGUUUGCUCUUAGCCAUUUUUGUGUUCCGGACUCCAGUGAAAAGCUGAGAGGACUGGAGGAAGAAGAAGAAGAAAUGGAGGCGAAACAGGAGGAGGUGGAGGUGAUUCACUCAUGGUCUGCUCCGAGAUCCCUCAGUACCUCUCUCAUGUACUCUUUUGCUCAGAGGGAUGAUACAGAAGUGCUUGAUGAGCCUUUAUAUGGUCAUUUCCUCCAUGUGACUGGUGUUGGAAGGCCAUACAGAGAAGAAGUUCUGUCGAAACUGGAAUCUGAUGGGAGUAAGGUUGUGAAAGAUGUGAUUUUUGGUCCUGGAGUAAAGAAAUAUCGAUUCUGUAAGCACAUGUCAAAACAACGCUUACCUGGUUUAUCAGAUGAGUUGAUGAAAAAUGGAAAGCACUUCAUAUUAAUACGAAACCCACUGGAGAUAUUGCAAUCUUUUGACAAGGUUGUGCCCCCAUCCUUUCUUGAGCUGGGAUUGGCAGACUUGGUCUCCAUAUACAGUGAACUUUGCCAACUAGGAAAGCUCCCACCAGUUAUUGAUGCAGCAGACCUUCAACAAGAUCCUGAGGCCACUUUGCGUUGCCUUUGUGAAGACUUGGAUAUUCCUUUUCAAGCUGCAAUGCUGAAAUGGGAAGCUGGUCCAAAAUCAAUAGAUGGUGUUUGGGCGCCUUGGUGGUAUAGCAGUGUACAUAAAUCAACAGGUUUCACCACAAAAAGGAAGUAUCCUUCGCCAUUCCCAUUUUCCUUGUAUGAUUUGCUGGAACAAAGUUUGCCUUUCUACAACAUGCUUAAGUGCCACGCAAGAGGCUCAUCUUUAUUGAAACCCCAUCUGCCUCUGCCCAGUCUUCCAGUUCCUGCCAAUGAGAAGCUGCUUGUUUGGGUUGGUGAUGAGAUCAUACCCCGUGACAGUGCAAAGGUUUCAGUAUUUGAUUCAGUUGUCCAAGGUGGUGAUUCGGUAUGGGAGGGACUUCGUAUUUACAAUGGGAAGAUAUUUAAGCUUGAGGAGCAUCUAGAUAGAUUGUUUGAUUCAGCAAAAGCUCUGGCCUUCAAUAAUGUGCCGACUCGUGAAGAGGUUAAGGAAGCAAUAUUUAACACUCUUAUUAGGAAUGGAAUGUUUGAUAAUGCACACAUCCGUCUAAGCUUGACACGUGGCAAGAAGGUUACUUCAGGAAUGAGUCCAGCUUUUAAUCUCUAUGGAUGCACAUUAAUCGUUCUUGCUGAAUGGAAGCCACCUGUCUAUGAUAAUGCAAAGGGUAUAACUCUUGUAACUGCUACUACACGGCGUAAUUCACCCAAUAAUUUGGAUUCAAAGAUUCACCAUAACAACCUUUUGAACAACAUACUUGCAAAGAUAGAAGGGAAUAAUGCAAAUGCUGAUGAUGCCAUAAUGCUUGAUAAGGAUGGUUAUGUGUCUGAAACGAAUGCUACAAACAUUUUCUUAGUGAAGAAAGGCCGUGUCCUAACACCUCACGCUGAUUAUUGUCUUCCUGGUGUAACUCGAGCAACUGUCAUGGACCUUGUGGUAAAGGAAAAUAUCAUUUUAGAGGAGCGACGUAUCAGUCUAUCAGAGUUCCAUACUGCGGAUGAGGUGUGGACAACAGGAACAAUGGGAGAACUCAGCCCAGUUUUGAAGAUUGAUGGGCGUGAAAUUGGGGAUGGACAAGUGGGACCAGUAACUCGAAGGUUGCAGAUUGCUUACAAAAAUCUGACAGAAGGAUCAGGAGUGCCCAUACCCACCUAUCAGGAGGCUUGAAAACUGCAUUUCCUCAAGGCGCACAAAUGGCGGAAUGGAGGCAAGGGUUGAAGAUGAAAUAGGAUGACGACCGAAUUUCGAAAACUUCGGAGUAAAUGUCGGUAGUCGGGCGACUACAAGGGGUUAUAUAGUGAGGUUAACUUAUUAAUGCUUGAUAUGUAAUUGUCAUUUGUAAUAAAAAAAAAAAAAAAUCUAUGAUGUUUGUUAAUUAUUCAGCCUGAGGCCGUUGUGAAAAAUGGUGAUGUUAUAAUCCAACAAUUAUACGAGGCAUUAUUUGUAUGGAAUUUUAGAUAAAUUUUAUCCAAAUUCUGUCUAAUUUGAAUUA